ACGAGGGCAGGAGGGAAACAAGCGAAAGCUAAAAGUUUCGUUUAGCCUGCGUUUCCUGACGCGUCACUUACUUGCUUGGCCUAUUUUUAAUUUAUCGUAAUCUUAGUCACAAAGGAAGGUGUUUGUGUGAUAAAUAGGUGAAGUGUCUCUUACCGGGAGACAAGCGUAAAUAGGUGUUGUCCAAAAAAAAGUAGCUAGCCAACGGGCCUACAUAUAUUGUUGUUUUUGUGACCAUGAGAAGAGGCUAUUCUUAUGGCGACAGAGACCGUGGACGAGACAGGCCUCAUUCUGCGCCAGUGGGUAGUUACAAUAGUGGCAACCGGCCUAUGACGUUUGGGAACCCAGGCGACCGUCUCCGUAAAAAGAGAUGGAACCUGGACGAGCUGCCAAAAUUUGAGAAGAACUUCUAUACUGAGCAUCCAGAAGUCCAACGCUUGAGUCAGCAAGAAAUGGAAGAGUUUCGUAGGAGGAAGGAGAUCACCAUUAAAGGCUCUAACUGUCCCAAAGCUGUCAUCACUUUUCAACAGGCACAGUUUCCACAAUAUGUGAUGGAUGCGUUGACACAGCAGAACUUUACAGAGCCCACAGCAAUCCAGUCUCAGGGCUUCCCUUUGGCUCUAAGUGGCAAGGACAUGGUGGGGAUAGCACAGACUGGUUCUGGAAAGACUCUAGCUUACCUACUGCCCUCCAUAGUGCACAUUAAUCAUCAGCCCUACCUGGAGAGAGGAGAUGGGCCCAUUUGUUUGGUCCUAGCGCCAACAAGAGAGCUGGCCCAGCAGGUUCAACAGGUGGCUUUGGAGUAUGGCAGUUCUUCCAGAAUCAAAAGCACCUGUGUCUACGGUGGAGCACCCAAAGGACCACAGAUUCGAGACCUUGAGAGGGGUGUUGAGAUCUGCAUUGCCACUCCUGGUCGCCUGAUUGACUUCCUGGAGUCAGGAAAGACCAACUUGAAUCGCUGCACUUACCUUGUGCUGGAUGAAGCUGACCGCAUGCUAGACAUGGGUUUUGAACCACAGAUUCGCAAGAUUGUUGAUCAAAUUCGGCCGGACAGACAAACACUAAUGUGGAGUGCAACUUGGCCCAAAGAUGUCCGCCAGCUUGCUGAAGACUUUUUAAGAGACUACAUCCAGAUUAAUGUUGGAGCCCUGGAACUCAGUGCCAACCACAACAUCCUGCAAAUUGUUGAUGUUUGCAUGGAAAACGAAAAGGAUCACAAACUUAUUCAGCUGAUGGAGGAGAUUAUGGCAGAGCAGGAAAACAAAACCAUCAUCUUUGUGGAGACAAAGAAAUCCUGUGAUGAACUGACAAGAAGGAUGCGGAGGGAUGGGUGGCCAGCCAGGUGUAUCCAUGGAGACAAGACCCAGCCAGAAAGAGACUGGGUACUUUCAGACUUCCGAAACGGGAAAGCUCCCAUUCUGAUUGCCACAGAUGUUGCCUCUCGGGGUUUGGAUGUUGAAGAUAUCAAGUUCGUCAUCAACUAUGACUAUCCCAACUCCUCUGAGGAUUACGUCCACCGUAUUGGACGUACGGCGCGCAGCACCAACAAGGGCACGGCCUACACCUUUUUCACUCCGGGGAACGCACGCCAGGCCAGAGACCUUGUCCGAGUUUUGCAGGAGGCCAAUCAGGCUGUCAGCCCCCAGCUGCUUCAGAUGGUUGAGUCAUGCCAAGGAAGAGGAGGUGGAAGAAUGCGUUACCGUAGCAACAACUCCCACAAUCCCAACAUGAUGUACCAGGAUGGGGGUCAUCGCCGCAUGCGCCAUGGAGAAGGAAGCGGCAGUGGCAGGGGCGGCCGCCCUGGUUACGGCCACGGCGAGCGUACCAAUGAAGCCUUCUCUUCCUCCUACAAUGACCGUAGCCGUGACGGCAGAAACAGCCACAGUUCAGAUCAGUACCAGAGUUACAGUGGCGGCUAUAAUGCCCCCGGCAGAGGCCAGUCUGCAAGUAACGGAGGGAUGGAUCAGUCGAGUCAGCAUCAGGGUCAGUUCGCCCAGCCUCGUCCUCCGUCUGUGCUACCAGGGGGGCCUCGGCCUCUCAUAGCUAAGCAGUUUGCUUCACCUCAGCCCCCGGUAAUGGGCUUCAUGGGGCGCCCGCCUUACCCUUUUAAGCCGCCUCCUCCCGGCCCUUCUCCCCGCUAAUAUGUACCACGUGUCAAUUAUAGAUUUCAGUUCUCUGUCUGCUAUGGAAGCUUCAGGCUUUAGUUUCGCCAUGUAGUUCAGUGAUACGCUGAAAUAUCAUUGCAGCAAAACUAUUUGCAAAUGCCUAUCUCAAUCUGUGUGUAUGAAAUCCACGUGUCUGUGUUAAUUUGUGUGUCUGUUUAGAUUUUUGUUUGUAAAAACAAUUAGCUUAUCCGUGUUGCGAUUUGUGUGUUUUGUUUGGAUUUGUGUUUGUGUGUGUGUGUGUGUAAACAAAACAUCUGUGUGUCUGUGUUCAAAUCUGUAUGUCUGUGUAUCAGUGGCGGGCCGUGCGUUUCGCACCCAGGCCUUCAGUGAUGUCCGACUUCAAUGAUCACCUCUCAAAAUACCAUCAUUUAUGUCACAACAUGACCAUUGCUGGAGAAAUACUAUACAGAAACACAUUUACGCCCUACUGUGGAUUGAAUCACAUAAACAGUGUACAAAACGGGUUAUUUUCUGGCGCAUUUAAAAAACAAUUAAAGCGCAUCAGCAAUUAAAACAUCUUAUGUGGUAGUGUCAAAAUUAAAAUAGCAAAAAACAUUAAAAGUGAAAAAAUAAAAUAUUUGAACUCACAAUUUAUUAGAACCUUUUUGGCGCCGUAUAAGCCAGUGGUACCCCUCGUCGUCUGCUUAUUCGAGUGGAAAUGGCGGGCCUUUCCCCAUUUCAUCGCCAGAACAGCUGAGCUAGCUUCCGGGGUUGACUGACAUCGCCUCACAAGUUGUAUUUUCUCUUUAAAUAUCCUUCUUGAAAAUGGCCUUGCAAAUAUAUAUCUGCCACCUAUUCAACGUUUUGUUCUCCUUCUCUGCUAGCCCGGUCUGGCUACGGCGCAACACUUUCCGCUUCCUGCUAAAUUAAAACUUGUGAAUGGAUACUUACUUUGGAAUGACAAGUGAGUAUCCAAUCACAGUCUCGUUAACAUCAGGCUACUAAGAUAGGCUACUGUCAACAACUUGUGAUCUGAUUGGCUAUCGCAACUGUCUAUCAACUCUGUGUUCUCAAAUUUAUCGGCUAACGGUCCCGAUUAGUAUCCAAUCACAGGACGCGUAAAUAUCACGUUCAACCUUAGACCAUCUAGAAGGCCUUACUGACAACAGCUCAUGAUCUGAUUAGCUAUCGCAACUGUCUAUCAACUGUAUGUCCCCGUUCACUUACAGUGCACAGACGUCCGCAUUGUAGAUUCUGAAGGCCUCUGGCAGAUUUGGUACAGCAUGGCAACAUAAGCUAGCUGAAUUCUGAUUGGAUACAAACUAAAACUAACAACAACAGCACUGGAACGAGCAUAAUAUGACAUGAAGAGAAUGAUUACUUUUAGAUAUUUAGGGAAAGUAAAUAAAAAAAUAAUUGUAUCUUUAAUUAUGAUCACGAUUUCUGAUUAUGUUAGGCCAGUAGAGAAGGCCUUGCUGGCCCUGGCGGCACACCACUGCUGUGUAUAGGUGUGUGUGUGUGUGUGAAAGAAAUCUGUGUCCGUGUUAAAUUUUUUUGUUUUAUUAAAUGUAACUUUUGCUACACAUUUAUCGUGGCAGAUGUGUGCGGGUGUGCGUGCAGUAAUCUGUAGGUGUAGAAAAGAUUUGUCUCGUCGGCGCCUUGAAUCCAGCGAUGUUUAACCAGGCUGAAGUUAGCUUCCGAUACAAAUAAUGGCCGAUACAGUCGAUAGCAGACCGAUACUUUUGACCUAAAAUGACGUUUCAUUCAAUCAUUUGUCACUGCUGUGGUGCAUAAUAACAAAAAACAACAAUGUAACCAAAAUAGGAAUAUAAAUGUGGCAUGAAAAAUCAGGGAAAAUGAAGAAAAACGCAAUUUGUGAUUUGGGAAACCUUUAUUCUAUUUUUGAAAUUAAUUGUAGUUUGCGUUUUCAGCAGUGUAUAACUGGAAUGUGUGAUAUUAAACUAAUAGCAACAGUCACUGCAUGAAAAGAGACCUGAUUGUUCAGGUGAUUCUAAGUAGAAUGAUAUGUUUAAUAUAGAAUACUAACAAGGCGUUAUUCAAUGAUUAUGACAUUUUUAUUUAAAUGUCAGUCAAGUAUCGACUAUUAUUCGAAUCGGUCAGAAAAAAUAAUUUGUUUACAAAUACCAAAUCUAAACAAAAGCAUACAGAUGGCAAAACGGACAGAUGUUUUGUUUACAAACACACACAAAUCCAAACAGGCACACAUAUUAUUACACACACACACACACACACACACACACACACAUUGAGAUACGCAUUUGCAAAUUGUUUUGUUACAAUAACAUUUUCGUAUGGUUUUAUGUUUUUAAAAUAACCUGCAUGCAUGAGAUUCACUUGUCUGUGCAUUGAUUUAUAAACCUAUGAUAUUUGUUUCUUAAAGUAGAGUAGAUUGAAUUCAGUCUUUUGGGAGGGUGAACUAGUGGUCAGCAUAUUAGAAGUAUAGUUAGGGCCGCCCCAGGCUAAAUUAGGGCCCUCAGCAGAAAUGUAUGUGGGUUAGGGUGAACGCUUCGGCACCAAAUAAGACCACAAACAAAAUGGCGCAACCUGAAAACACGGUCAGAGAGCGGGUUGAAGAUGAUCUGUAUAACAAUCUCUGCAAAAAUGUUGAACCACCAUUACAAGUUAUGUAGAACACAAGGACGUGUUUUAAAUGUAGAAAAAUAUCACAACAUGACCCCCUUUAAAGGGGAAUUGCUCUUUUUUGGGAAUUACCUAUCAUUCGCAGUGAGCGUAGGCAAUCCUUAUGUAAGACAAGAACACGUUGUUUUUUGUUGUUGUUUUUUAUGCGUUCUAAGUCGUAAAAUACUGAUAGUACGAGGUGGCUAAUAAUGCAGUUAAUGGUAGUACACUAGUCCGCCCAUAAAGCCCUCUAAAAACAUCCAUAAACUACCAACAAUACUCCAUUUACAUCUUGUGACCUGAAUAUUGACCAAGUAAUAGCAAUAUUGUUGUAAGCUAUACCGCAGACAAACUAUUUUCAGCGCCUGCCAUGAUCACAGAGAGCUAACUCGCUUAUGCUGCUAUAUUGGCAUACUGAGCCGGUGAGCUGCUGCAUCGCCUUGGAGCUGGUGAAAAUGAAUUCUAGAUUAUAAAUCAUGCCUCUAGCCUGUGUACCUGAAGGAUGUGGCCAUAGACCGAGAAGUUGGUCAUCUUUAAAAGUAAACUAGAUUUGGAGAUGGCAAGAAAGAAAAAAAAAAGCUUGUUUGCGGCUAACCUGCGUAAGAAUAAUGAUUAUUUUCUUUAUCUAAACGGCAUCUCAGUGAGAGCAAACAUUGUACAGUAAGUGAUUGCUUUAUUAUUUUUGUAGUUUGUAUUUCUUGUUUACCACUAAGCAAUACUGCUGCAUGAUCUUAGUGUGUCACUAAAGCUGGAUCUGUUUGGCACAAAGCUUUUAAGAGAUCGUCCUCUUUAUAUUCAGGCUCAAAAAUCUAAAGUUUUGGAUCAUCAUUUGUCCCAAAGUAGUCUUUGAUAGCUCUCGUGAAGUCUGCCUUGAGUUGUUGGUGUCAGUAGUUGUGUUGUUGAAGGGAAAAGCGAACGUUUUAAAGCGUUUGUGGAAUAAUGCUCGGCCGUAUACUUAAAAUGACCAAAACAUGUAAAUAUGACAUGUUAUUAUGAAUGUUACUACAUUACAUGUUUUUAGAGCGCUUUAUAGUCGGAAUAGAGCGACUCAUUGUUACCUGACUUUUGCAAACGUUUAUUUACGAGUUAAAUUGCAUUUGAAAAAAAACAUGUGAUUGUCUUACAAAGAAUUAUGAAUGAUAGGCAGAAUUUCACAAAAACUGCACAUCCCUUUUGACAUCAUUAAGACACGAAUCUACCACGAGAACUACGGAGUUUGAAGGGUAAAUUGAUCAUUUUAGUCUCAUCAGUGACGGAGCAGGAUGUGGCUGGGAUAAGUUUCUGGUAAGAUUUCGUACUAAGUGCCCUGGCAUUCGUCAAGUGACAUUUCUGUGUUUCUUCACACAAAACGGGGCCCUAGUGUAGUGCAGUUUUUACAAAGUGCUUGUCUGAUACCUCACAUUUUUGAGUUAUUACUGCAAAAAUACUUUUUAAACAUUGUGGCGGAGUGCGACAUGUCGGCAAACUUUUCAGAACAAAGGGGAGUAUCCUGAAUCUCCUAGUGACUAAUACAUGUCUGACCUGGAUGAGGGGUGUGUUUGGGAUUAUGCAGCCUUGGCGCAGGUUUGGGGAGUCUCAUUCUCCGGGAGCUUUUUUUUUUAUUACAGAUUUCAUUUCUUCUCGAUUUUUCUGAGCACCACAUGUUGUAUUAAAGUGAAGGUUGUGCUCUCUGAUGCACUAGUACGAGUGUACUAUUUCCAUUUUUGUCUCUAAAUCAACCACACAUUUAAACUAAUACUUAGCAUGUGCUAUUAAUAAGUCUUGCAUGUUUUUGUUACUUUCAUUUGUGUAUUAACCCUGUGUAUUUUUGGAUAUCAUUUCUAUGAUGAGAUGAUUUGAUACAAGCUCUACACACACUGUGUGUUUUCACUCUUUAGGGCUAACUGGAAUUCUGCUCUUGUUGGGCCUCACAAUAGUAGGACUGUUUGGGUAUGGGACAAUGUCCAGGUGAGGUCAGUAUAUCUGCCUGUCAAAUGUUUUUGGAUGACACAUUUGGCUUUAAAUUGGUGACCACAAGUCUGCUAGUGUGUUGUUUCAGUGACUUUUUGUGUUUGAAAUGUAUGAAAUAUUAAACAUGUUUAAAACUUACAAUGUUACAAUCUGAUGAUGCAGUGUGUUAGAGCUCUUUGUGUAUACAGGUGCAUCACAAUACAUUGUAAAUAUCCUUAAAAUGUUGAUUUAUUUCAGUGGUUCAAUUAAAAGAAAAUGUCGACGUGGUA